AUGGCCCUUCCAUUCAGCCAAGUCCCCUCCGGAGCAAAGAUCCCUCCCUCGCCUUUCAGAAUCCACGUUCCAGACGAGGAUCUCGAAGAGCUGCAGCUUCUGGUCAGACUCUCCAAGAUUGCCCCUCCAACGUUCGAAAGUCAGCAGCAGGACCGGAAGUACGGUGUCACGACCGAAUGGCUGACCAGGGCUCGAGAGGCAUGGAAGACCUUUGACUGGUAG